AUGUCGUUACCGGGCGGCGCCGAUGGCGGCGAGUCCGGGCUGCGCGGGCGGGCGCUGCCCGAGUCCGGGACAUGCUGCUGCGGCAGGAGCGGAUGCUGGCGGAUAGGUGAGGGCGGGCGGGGCAGGCAGCAGAGGACGAGCCGCUUCGUAUUGCGGGGACACGGACAGGCCGCACGGACCCGCCCGGCGCUCCGGCUGCCGGGAAUGCGGGAGAUCUCUGAUUUUGCUGAAAAGCUGAAACUUGCCAUUUUGCAAGAGGAGGAACUAGCCAGGACUGCUGAGCUCUUAUCUGCUGUCAGGUUGGAGUUUCAGGCAAAACAGGAGGAAAUUAAUACGAGCAAACAGGAAAACAAAGAUGCACUGAACUGUGAAGAUUCCUCAGACUUUAAUGAAAACUCUAAUAUUAAAGAAGUUUCUGAGAUUCCUUCCAAAAGGCAGGAGGCAGAUUGUAUUGAGGAAGGUGCCACAAGUACAGCUUUGGAAAAUCAAAGGACUCAGAAGAAAAAUGAUGAAGUAAAGACUGUUAAAAAAGAUCAGAAUCAUUCUAUUGAAGUUGUCUCCACAUCAGCCACAAGCAGUCAUCUGAAAAAUGAUCAGCACAUCUCUCAGAGCACUACUGAAAAUGGUACAGAAAGUGGAGCUACUUUGGAUGACAGCAAAGACACUCUGGUGAUGCCUUUCAAAAAUUACAAUUGUAGAUGGAGGGUAACAGUGAAAAAAUAUUGGAAAAAGGGCAGAAUGUGGCAAAACAUAAGGGCAAUGUGUUUGGAAGCCUGUAUCCCAAGACACCAUUACAUUGAAGUUCUGGAGGCUCGAGCCAAGAACCCAGUCAUAAAGAAAAGCAAAUUUAAAACAAAUGCUUUUGGAACUGAAGGUGUUCAACCCUGUGCUGCAAGUUUGGGUCACAACUUAUGUGUUUUAUGUCUUCACAAGAUUAUCAGGAGAGCACAGUGGGUCAUCUCUUGGUUCCUCAUCCAGUCGAUCCCUGGGGGACUUGGCUCUCCAAUUUCUGCUGAAGAAAGACGACUCAAGGAUAAGAAACUGGAUGAUAUCACAGCAGCUCGACUGCCACCACUUCACCACUCCCCUGCUAAGCUCUUACCCAUGGAGGAAUCCAUAGCAAUUCAGAUACAGCAAAGGAAGCUUAUGAGGUAUGAAUUUACUGAAAUGCAAGCCAAGCUGGCAGCACAGAAGCUUGCAGAGAGACUGAAUAAAAUGCUCAGGUUUGAACCAGAGGGAGAGGCCUCAAUGCGUACAGAGAAGUGAGAGAUGAGAUUAUUUUUCAGCAGAGGACUGAAUUCAAGAAGGGAUGUCUGAGGAUGCGCCAUGUAACUGAUCUUUGUGCAGUACUUCUUAAAACCCAAACCUGAAUAUUGAGAAUGCCCAAUCUAAUAAUUUUUUUCUUAAAAUUUUCACAUUACAGCUACGGGAGGGGUUCAGUGUAAACCUCAUAAUAUACAUGUGACUAAGUGGUAACCUGAGUGCUAUUGGGAACUGUUUUUAACUUGGGGCUGUUAAUCCUUGUGGAAUGCCCCCACAGUGUUCAGCUUUAGCAAAGUGAGCUCUUUAAUACCCUUUUGCAGGCUAUGAUGGCUCACCUACAAGAGAAGGUUUCUUCUGUGCAGAAAUAUGGUUGCAAAGGGCACACUUGUCCAUAAAGUAGCUAAGGUGCCUGUGAACUGCUCACACGUAUGAAAGCUCUUGUCUUGUACAAAUGGGAGAUACUUCUUUUAAUAUUCUCUUGCUUUUACCUUGUGGU